CACCCCACAGUCGUAUUCCCAUCCCCAUUCCUCGCCGCCCUCCCGCGCCGCCGCCGCCGCCAACGAUGGGGAGGGUGCCGGCGCAAGCCAUGCGCGCCGCGAAGGUCCCCCGCCACGCCCUCGUCCCGAAGCCCUCCACGGCGUCCACCCCGCCGCCCCCUCCCCCGCCACCACGUGGGCCUUGCCCCGCUGACGGUAAACCUCCCCACGGCAAGCCGCCCCGGAGAACCCCCAGGGCCCCCUCUGAGCACGCGGGGGCCCUGGCCCUGACGGACCGGCCGGCGCCGCCGGCCGAGAAGAGGCCCAUCACCACGCCCGCGGAGCUCUCGGCCGCCAUCCGCGCCGCGGUGGACGCCGACGUGGACGCGGCCGCCUCGCUCGCGCUCAAGGCCGCGCCCACCAUCCCGCUCCCUGCGCAGUCGCUCGCCCUCAUCCUCCGCCGCCUCGCCGCGCACCGCUCCGUCGCCGCGGCGCGGGACCUCCUCGCGGCGCUCCCGUACUCCGCCGACAACCCUGCGCCGCGCCCGGCGCUGCUGGCCCUCGCCGACGCGUGCUGCCGCCGCGGCGACCCGCGCGAGAUCGGGCAGCUCCUGCCCGUCCUCGCCGACCACGGCGUCCGCGCCGACGCCCACGUCUACAACGCCCUCAUGAAGGGGCACUGCGCCGACUCCGACACCGCGGGGCUCCUCGGCGUGCUCCGCCGGAUGAAGGACGACGGCGUGGACCCUGACCUCGUCACCUACAACACCCUCGUCUACGGCCUCGCGCGCGCCGGGCUCGUCGCCAAGGCCAGGACCUACCUCGACGCCAUGGCUGCCGAGGGCCUCUUCCCGGACGUCAUCACCUACACCUCGCUCAUGAACGGGAUGUGCGUCAAGGGCGAUGCCCUGGGCGCGCUCAAGCUGCUUGAGGAAAUGAAGGCCAAUGGGUGCGAGCCCAAUGACCGGACGUACAACACGCUGCUCAUGGGGCUCUGCAGGAACAGGAAGCUAGACAAGGCCUUCGAGGUGUACAAGUCCAUUGUAGGGGCUGGGAUGAAGCUCGAGCCACCGGCGUACGCGACGUUCAUCAGGGCAUUGUGUCGGUCCGGGAGGGUUCCCGAUGCAUAUGAGGUGUUUGAUUACGGGAUUGAGAGCAAGAGCUUUCCGCAGGCAGCCGCGUACAGUGAGCUUGAGAGCUCACUCAAAUGGCUGCGCAAGAUGAAGGCGUAGCAUGAAGGCCCGAGGAAGGCUAAUAAGCCAUAGUCUUCUGUUGCCGGUGCUUGCUUCACACCUGAUUCAAUAACCAUUACCAUUAUACAGAAGAUCAUGGUUUAAACCCUUGGGAGGGGCGAGGAGUUGCGAUGCGGCACAAUAUCGCUUUCGCAACAGCGGACUGGAAGGGUUUUCAUCAUGAAACAGGAAAGAAGAACACACUGGACUGCUUUUGACCCCAGGAGGAUCAGAUUUGCUGUACCUAUGGGAAUGGACCAACCGAGAUCUUGAUUCCGGAAGCGGCUCGGGGAGAGGUGGAGGAUUGCUGCCGGUUACGGAGUUGAGCAGAAGAUUCGUGGAAACAGAGCCACUGUGUUGUGCAAGUCGUUCGUUUUUUGGGGUGUGUGUGACAGAUUUUGUUUGACUAGAAGCCGGACUUCUCAUGUUGACGGUCUGCUUGUUUGUUGUUAGACUCUACGCUUUGAGCUGUGGGUUGCCUAA